UUACUUUUAAUCUUGUAAUGCCACAGCAGCUGCCGAUUUUAUUUUGUUGUAGAUAUUGAGAUUUAAUUGCAGUUAUAGUUAUUUAAUUUCUCAGUGACUGGUAGAUGCUUCUUGUGGGUAUGUGCCGUGUGUUAAAAAAUCGAUAUCAGCAUGGGCAACGGGCUCGCGCCUCGAAGAGAAUGACGGGCGCCUAAAAGAUUCUUCCGGGCUACAGGAGGGGCCAGAUUCAGGGGCCCCCCGGACUAAAUUACGUUAGACCAUCCAAAAUUUGUCGCACGCAACGUGGCGAGUAAGUGCGACGCGCGACGGGUGUCCAGGCAGAGUGUCAGAAUCUUCUGAUAGCUGUCGAACCAAGCAAGCGAAGAGAUGGCGUUCAAUCAGGCGCGACGCGAAGAGAUCUGCCGCCUGGCGCGCCAGAUCAGCUGCCAGUCUCUUCAGCUCAAGGACAUCGUCGACAGCAUCUACCAGCGCGGCCAGAGUCCCGCGAGGCCCUCUUCGGCGGCCGCGACCUUCCCGAGCAAUCCUCCGGAUUUCACGGUACAACAGUCGGUGGCAGGAGGCAGCAGGGGUAGCGGCCGCAAGGUCUCAGUCAUGCCUCAGAUCGGCAAAGACUUCUCUGUGAACAGCAAGGUCACGACCGGCGCUCCGGGGCGCAGUGGUUCUGCGACGCACUUCUUGACGGUCCAGGUGCCCGUCUCUAUGGCGUCGCAGUUCGUGGCCGCGCAGAAGUUCAACGACGGCGAGAUCAGCGCGCGCCAGACCGUGUCCGGCUCGCUGGGCUCGGACGAAGGCCUCAAGCUUCCCACGACUAGCCACAUAUCUCGGAGACCCAAGCCUCCGCCGCCUCCCAAGCCCAAAGCGGAGGAACCGGAGCCCGAGCAUCCGCGGCCCUACGAGGACGACCCGAUCUGGGAGGUGUGGGAAGGCAACAUGCUGCGCUUGAUCCAGCUGCUGAAGAUGCUGCUGCAGGAGCUGCGCACCGUGUCCGAUUACACCAAGAUCGACGAACCGACGCUAAUGGCGGCCGCGAACGUGGCUGGGAGCGGCGUGCCAUUGGCCGAGGCCAUGGCCUCAGACGCGUUCGCCUCCAAGGUCGCGGCCAGCAACAUCAUCGGCGGCAUGCACAACCGAGAGAACGUGAGCAACGCGCUCAGCCACCCGGCGCCGUUCCCGCAGCUGUACGCGCCGCCGCCUAAGGUGGAGUCGGUCGAGCAGCUGUCCUCGGAACCGGUCCGCGAACACAUAGACCUGAGCGUCUACUUCCACAAGCUGGCAUCGCAGAUGGACGCGCUCACACAGUCGCUUAAGCCUAACCCUUUUCCACCGCACGCCGGAGCUCCCAUGGCGAGUAGGCUGAUCCCUCUUGAGGAAAAUCUCGGCCGGCUCGCGCACAAUAUCGCGGGUGUCUCGAGGGCCAUCGCGAGACCCGUUGACCCACUCGAUGUCCUGAUGUCCUCCAGGGCGGCGGAGGCCAGGACUGGAAGCCCGACCGGACAGCAGAUGCAAGUCCGCGCCCAGGCGGCGAUGGACAACGGCGAGGGCCUCAUAUCCAUGGCGAACCGGGCCAACGUGAGCUUCCAGAUCGACAAGUCGCCCACGCAGCCGUCUAGUUCGGGAACCAGCGGCAGGGGCAGAGCAGGCGUUCAGUGUGACACCAUGGCACCGCUCGUGGCGAGCGUCAACCAGCUGACGGCUCACAUGAGCGAAGUGCAGGACUUGUUCCGGCGCGCCAUGGGUGCCAGGCCGCUGCCCAAGAGGAAAGAAGGCCUGAGCAUCUCCGAGGAAGAGGACCUGCGAUACUGCAUCACCAAGCUCACGGACAACAUGGCCAACAUGUCGCGCGAUCUGAAGAAGGCUCUAGACGAGCACACCGUGGUGCCCGUAAGCCGGCUCAUCGAUGAACUGGAUGACGAAGAAGAGGAUUGCUAAGGCCUGCCCGGUGCAGGUUUUACUGUUUAAGUAGGCACAGGGAAGUGCUAGAACUGAUUUGCCCAUCGGCUGCUGGGCUGUCAGUGUUGUACGGACUGAAUCGACGUGAACGAUCACCGCCUUGCUGAACUGUAUUUCUUUCCCUCACUGCCCUAAUUGUUGUAGCUAAAGCUUCAAAAUUGGCAAGAUGUACCGCGAGGUCAGAAGCUUAGUGAUCGACCGCUGCCUGUACGGAAAUUCACAGAGCGACUAGUCUCCAGCGUCAAAUGGUCAGCAGCGGGAUCAUGUUGAUUAAAAUAUUUGGGCGAGUCUGGA